AUGGCCCGCGGAUUAAGGCCAGACAAUCAGUCCAAGCCUUUCGCUUGGACCACUGUCUUCUACCUUUUGCUCGUUUUUAUCGCUCCUCUCGCGCUUUUGGGAACCGCCCAUGCCUCGGAGGAGCAAAAUGUCACUGACAACUAUGGCACUGUCAUCGGAAUCGAUUUGGGAACCACGUACUCUUGCGUCGGCGUGAUGCAAAAUGGCAAGGUUGAAAUUCUCGUCAACGACCAAGGAAACCGUAUCACUCCCUCAUACGUGGCCUUCACUGAUGAGGAGCGUUUGAUCGGUGAUGCGGCAAAGAAUCAAUACUCGGCUAACCCUACACGUACAAUCUUCGACAUCAAGCGUUUGAUUGGUCGUAAGUUCAAUGAUAAGGACGUUCAGAAGGAUAUCAAGAACUUCCCCUUCGAAGUCUCUUCCAAGGAUGGCAAGCCAGUCGUUUCAGUUGACGUCAACAUGUCCUCCAAGACUUUCACUCCCGAGGAAGUGUCCGCCAUGGUCUUGACCAAGAUGCGUGAGAUCGCCGAAGGUUACCUUGGAAAGACUGUUACCCACGCCGUCGUUACCGUUCCCGCCUACUUUAAUGACGCUCAACGUCAGGCCACCAAGGACGCCGGUACUAUUGCCGGCUUGAACGUCCUGCGUGUUGUCAACGAACCCACCGCCGCCGCUAUCGCCUACGGUCUGGACAAGACUGGUGAUGAGCGCCAGAUCAUUGUUUACGAUCUUGGUGGUGGUACUUUCGAUGUGUCUCUCCUCUCUAUUGACAACGGUGUCUUCGAGGUGUUGGCUACCGCUGGUGACACUCACUUGGGUGGUGAGGACUUUGACCACCGGGUUAUGGAUCACUUUGUCAAGCUUUACAACAAGAAGCACGAUGUUGAUAUUACCAAGGAUUUGAAGACCAUGGGUAAAUUGAAGCGCGAGGUUGAAAAGGCCAAGCGAACUCUCUCUUCCCAGAUGUCUACCCGUAUUGAAAUUGAGGCUUUCCAUGAGGGCAAGGACUUCUCCGAGACCCUUACUCGCGCCAAGUUCGAGGAACUCAACAUGGACUUAUUCAAGCGAACUCUAAAGCCUGUGGAGCAGGUUCUCAAGGAUGCCAAGGUCAAGAAGAGCGAAAUUAACGACAUUGUCUUGGUCGGUGGUUCUACUCGUAUCCCCAAGGUCCAGUCUCUUCUCGAGGAGUUUUUCAAUGGCAAGAAGGCUAGCAAGGGUAUCAACCCUGAUGAGGCUGUUGCUUUCGGUGCCGCCGUUCAGGGUGGUGUCCUUUCCGGUGAGGAAGGAACUGGAGACGUUGUUCUCAUGGACGUCAACCCUCUUACCCUUGGUAUUGAGACCACUGGUGGUGUUAUGACCAAGUUGAUCCCUCGUAACACUGUUAUCCCCACUCGCAAGUCUCAGAUCUUCUCGACGGCCGCCGACAACCAACCCACCGUCUUGAUUCAAGUCUACGAGGGAGAGCGUGGUAUGACCAAGGACAACAACCUCCUUGGCAAAUUUGAACUCACUGGAAUCCCACCCGCUCCCCGUGGUGUGCCUCAGAUCGAGGUCUCUUUUGACCUUGAUGCUAACGGUAUCCUCAAGGUCAGCGCUGCUGACAAGGGCACCGGAAAAGCCGAGUCAAUCACCAUCACCAACGACAAGGGACGCCUUACCCAAGAGGAGAUUGACCGCAUGGUUGCGGAAGCUGAGCAGUUCGCCGAGGAAGACAAGGCAGCUCGUGGCAAGAUUGAGGCUCGUAAUGCCCUUGAAAACUAUGCCUUCAGCUUGAAGAACCAGGUCAACGAUGAAGAUGGUCUUGGUGGAAAGCUUGACGAGGAUGACAAGGAGACUAUCUUGGACGCCGUCAAGGACGCCACUGACUGGCUCGAUGAGUACGGCGCCAGCGCUACCAUGGAAGACUUCGAGGAGCAGCGUGAGAAGUUGUCCAGCGCAGCCUACCCGAUCACCAGCAAAUUGUACGGCGCUGGCGCUGGUUACGACGAGGAUGAUGAGCCCAGCGGCCACGACGAGCUUUAA